GGCAACCCCUCGUCAGCGUGGUUCUGCCGGGGUCCAGCAGUACGCCGGGAAAGACCGAGAGAAGGGGAGCCAGGAUCCUCGGGAUCUUCCACCUCCGCCAGGACGGUCGGUGAAGAGAUGGAGGACAAGUCGGACAAGUCAUCCUCCAGGUUCUCCGAGUACCUCUUCGCCAAGAUGGGCGGCCAGGAUGUUUCCGCCUCGCAGGGUCCCCGCAAGGUGACGGCAGACACCACCCAGUGGAUGCGGGAAAAUCUACUGUUAUUGGUCACCUUGUCUGGAGUCGUCCUUGGAGUGAUCAUUGGGUUUGGUCUGCGUGCCUUCCGUCUGGGCGACGAUACUGUGAUGUUAAUUAGUUAUCCGGGUGAGCUGUUUAUGAGGUUACUGAAAUUGAUGAUUUUACCCCUGGUUAUUGCAAGUCUCAUAUCUGGCUCAGCGAGUUUAAAUGCCAGAAUGAAUGGAAUGAUAGCCGUUCGAACUCUGGUCUACUUUAUCUUGACGUCUUUGCUAAAUGCCAUUCUUGGUGUCGUCCUAGUGCUCCUUAUUCAUCCUGGUAAUCCAGGCCUGAAGGAAUCAAUAACACCCUCGACACACGCAAGGGCUGUAAACAUUUUGGACAGCCUUUUGGAUCUUGGAAGGAACAUGUUUCCAGACAAUCUCUUUCAAGCAGCUUUCCAACAGGCUCAUACAGUUUAUGUUCCAAAAAAAGAGCCCUCUCAAAAUUAUACAGAAAAACUGGAAAAUUCGGAAGAACUACCGGAAAAUUUAAUAAGAGUUGUCCAAUACAGAAGUGGUACCAAUACUUUGGGAAUAGUAUUUUUCUGUUUGGUCUUUGGCACCUUCCUUGGAACCCUUGGCGAAAAAGGUCAAGUUGUGAUAGACUUUUUUAAGGCCGUUUUCGAAGUCAUCAUGCGAAUGGUUUCCACUGUCAUGUGGAUGACUCCGAUUGGAAUCACAUCAGUGAUUGCUGGCAAAAUCCUAGGUGUAAACGAUCUUGCUCUGGUCAUGUCUCAGCUUGCCUGGUUCAUCGUGACAAUUGUGAUUGGUGUUUUCCUGUACCAGCUGGUAAUCAUGCAGCUGAUCUACUUGGCGAUCGUAAGGAAGAAUCCUUUCAAGUUCUACGCAGGCCUCGCUCAGGGUACCCUCACCGCCUUCGCCAUGGCAUCAACGGCUGCCGCACUUCCGGUGACGUUCCGACUGAUGACUGAUAAAUUGAGAGUUGACCCGCGGGUCACUAGAUUCGUCCUACCGAUUGGAUGCAAUAUUAACAUGGAUGGUACUGCUCUUUUCGUGGCGGUUGCGAGCAUCUUCAUUGCCCAGAUGAAUGGCAUCAACCUUGGAUUUGGAGAAAUCAUUACGGUCAUAUUAACGUCCACAGCAGCAUCAGUAUCUUCAGCGUCUGUACCAAGUGCUGCCUUGGUAUUACUUUUGGUAGUUCUCAGUGCCAUCGAUGCUCCUGUGCAAGAUGUUUCUCUACUUUUUGCCAUUGAUUGGUUUGUAGAUCGAGUGAGGACUACAAACAACAUGUUGGGAGACUGCUACGCAGCUGCCGUCGUAGAACAUUUAUCAAAGAAGGAAUUAAUGGCUUUGGACGCCGCAGCAUAUCAAUCCGAGACUAUCCUCCCUACCACUAUUGCAAAUGGUUGCAUCUCAGCUAACAGGGUUCCAGAUCCUGACACGAUAGUUGUCGAAAUGCAAGAUGACACAAGGAUAACCGGCAUCGCCAAGUAAAAACGCUUGUUGCAACAGCACAAUGAAGAUUCCACAAUCAGUGACCGAAGAAACUGUUUGACAGCCGUGUAUCUAAAUGGACACUGUUUCAAGCAGUCGGUUAUCAGUAAUGAAUGACGAAGUGGUAAAAAAUGUCUCUUCAGAAAAAGAAAGAGGACAAUUUUGAAAGAGAAAGACUGUUCGUUGAUUGUUAAAACAUUUUUAGGACUACACAGGGAAUCGACUUUUUUAGAAAAGACUCGCGAGAGGGUCGAUUCGGGGUCAAUAAAUAUCAGAAAAUGACAAAAUAAUCAAUCUAAACGCCGGAUCCAGCUCAGUAUAACGUGAUGGAUUCGUGCAAUUUUUAAGUCAGCUUUAUGUCAGCCUUUAUCACAAUUAGAGAGGCAAAUGAAAAUGGAUAGAAAUGAGUUUAGUUUGGGAAAAUUUCUAUGCGAUGCCCAUUUAUUCGCGGUCUGCCUGCUUGCUCUGUCCCUCACCCAGAUGAGGAGAAUAAAAUACGGAACAUGAAAAAAAUUAUUUUGCGUUUAUUCAUUUAGAAAUUUAUGUUUUUUGUUAUGAUAAUGAAAUUAUAAAUAAAAUUUUUUAAAUAAAUUUCUUCUACCGAGGUAAGUUCAGAAUUUGUCUCUCGUUUUCCUGCGUGUAUCGUGAAGGUGGUCCAAAUUUUUUUCUCGAAUUUUCAUGCUAAUCGGCUUUAAAUUUAUUUGAAUUAAAAAAAAUCGUUUUUUAAUGGUAUUUAGAAGUUCUGCAAUCCCCGUGAAGCUUAACACGCAUUCACCAUAAGAAAAAAAAAAAACACUUUUGUAAAUUCUAUUUAAAAUCCCCCCAUAGGUCUGUUUUAUAGAGUGCAAAAAACCCACAAGUAGAAAAUUGGGUUUUGCGAGAUGUUGGUGCUGAUUA